AUGGUUACAGAAGAUAUUACAGGUGUUCUGAAAAUUAAAAAACCACUGGCUGCUGCAAAUAUCAAGUUACCACACGAGGACAACAUAACACCUCUAAAUAUCGCCAUCACAGGGGAAUGUGGUUCUGGGAAAUCCACCUUUGUUAAUGCCCUCAGAGGUCUAUGUGAUGAUGAGGAGGGAGCUGCUCCCACUGGUGUUGUGGAAACCACCUUAGAGGUCACACCGUACCCCCAUCCAAACUAUCCCAAGGUUACUUUAUGGGAUCUCCCUGGAAUCAAGUUUUCAGCUGAUAAAUAUUUGGAGCGUGUUGGAUUUGAGAAGUUUGACUUCUUCAUCAUCAUCUCAGACACUCGCUUCAGAGAAAGUGACGUGAAACUCGUGCAGGAGAUUCAGAAGAUGAAGAAAAAGUUCUACUUUGUUUGCUCAAAGAUUGACAACGAUAUACAACAUGAGAGAAGAAAGAGAAACUUCAAUGAAGAGAAGUAUCUUAGGGGAAAAAGAGAAGACUGUGUUCAAAGACUGAAAGAUUUCUGCAUCGAGUCUCCACAGGUCUUCCUGGUUUCCAACUUUCAGCUCCACCUGUACGACUUCCCUCUCUUACAUCAGACUUUAGAGAGAGACCUACCAGAAAUCAGAAGAGAUCUUCUGCUGUUUACCAGGCCCAAUACCAACCAGCAUUUCCUCAGCAUGAUGAAGAAAGCUUUCUGGUUCUGA